CUAUGGAGCCAUGGAAAGACCUGACUGGAAAAGUAGUGAUGGUGACUGGGGCCUCCUCGGGAAUCGGGCAAGAGUUCUGUCUCGACUUGGUAAAAGCCGGAUGCAGGAUCAUUGCUUCUGCUCGUCGUGUUGACAGGCUGAAAACUCUCUGCAACCAGAUUAAUAAUUCAGAGGGUCUGGCUCGGCGUGCAAUUGCUGUCCAGCUCGACAUCACUGCUGAUAAUGCUACUAUUGAGGCUGCUGUACAAAUAGCUUGGGAUGCCUUCGGACGUAUUGAUGUCUUGAUUAACAACGCAGGCCUUAGAGGUAAUGUGUACAAUUCAUUGGAUUUGCCAGAAGAGGAAUGGGAACAUACCUAUAAGACGAAUCUAAGAGGGGCGUGGUUGGUGUCGAAAUAUGUAUGUAGACAUAUGCGUGAUUCUAAACAGGAUGGAGGCUCUGUUAUUAAUAUCUCUUCAGUUGCUGGUUUAAAUCGAGUACUAAUACCUGGGGGUCUUGCUUACAGUUCUUCGAAGAUGGCUCUUGACAUGGUCACUAAGAUGAUGGCCCUUGAGUUGGGAGUAGACAAUAUCAGAGUGAACUCAAUAUCACCAGGAAUUUUCAAAUCCGAGAUAACAAAGAGUCUUAUGGAAAAAGAAGGGAUCAAUAAUGUUAUUGUAAGAACCGUUCCUCUGAGAACUCUUGGAACGACAGAUCCGGCUUUAACAUCAACCGUUAGGUACUUAAUCCAUGAUUCUUCAGAAUAUAUAUCAGGCAAUGUUUUCAUCGUCGAUGCUGGAGCAACCUUAACAGGUGUUCCAAUUUUCUCGUCACUCUAAAAUUAGCUCAUGAAGAUAUGAAAACGUUGAAUCUCAUAAUUUGUCGACAUGUAUUUCUUUUUGU